AUGGCUAGCGAGGACAGCACGGCUUGCGAGGACAGCAGAGUUGAGAGGACAGCUUUACUUGAGAGGACAGCUCAACCUGAGAGGACAGCUCAACUUGAGAGGACAGCUCAACUUGUGAGGACAGCUCAUCUAGAUAGGACAGCUCAACUUGAGAAGAGAGCUCAACUUGAGAGGACAGCUCAACUUGAUAGGUCAGCUCAACUUGAGAGGUCAGCUCAACUUGAGAGGACAGCUCAACUUGAGAGGACAGCUCAAGUAGAAAGGACAGCUCAACUUGAGAGGAUAGCUCAACUUGAGAGGACAGCUCAACUUAAGAGGUCAGCUCAACUUGAGAGGUCAGCUCAACUUGAGACACAGCUUGCGAGGACAGCACAGCUUGCGAGGACAGCUCAGCUUGCGAGGACAGCACAGCUUGCGAGGACAGCACAGCUUGCGAGGACAGCACAGCUUGCGAGGACAGCACAGGUUGCGAGGACAGCACAGGUUGCGAGGACAGCACAGGUUGCGAGGACAGCUCUACUUGAGAGGACAGCUCAACUUGAGAGGACAGCUCAUCUUGCGAGGACAGCUCUACUUGAGAGGACAGCCCAACUUGAGAGGACAGCUCAACUUAAGAAGACAGCUUUACCUGAGAGGACAGCUCAACCUGAGAGGACAGCUCAAUUUGAGAGGACAGCUCAACUUGAAAGGACAGCUCAUCUAGAGAGGACAGCUCAACUUGAGAGGACAGCUCAACUUGAGAGGACAGCUCAACUUAAGAGGACAGCUCAUUUUGCGAGGACAGCACAGCUUGUGAGGACAGCUCUACUUGAGAGGACAGCUCAACUUGAGAAGACAGCUCAACUUAAGAAGGCUGCUUUACUUGAGAGGACAGCUCAACCUGAGACGACAGCUCAAUUUCAGAGGACAGCUCAACUUGAGAGGACAGCUCAUCUAGAGAGGACAGCUCAACUUAAGAAGACAGCUUUACUUGUGAGGACAGCUCAACUUGGGAGGACAGCACAGCUUGCGAGGACAGCACAGCUUGUGAGGACAGCUCUACUUGAGAGGACAGCUCAACUUGAGAGGACAGCUCAACUUGCGAGGACAGCUCUACUUGAGAGGACAGCUCAACUUGAGAGGGCAGCUCAACUUGAGAGGGCAGCUCAACUUGAGAGGACAGCUCAACUUGAGAGGACAGCUCAACAUGAGAGGACAGCACAACUUGAGAGGACAGCACAACAUGAGAGGACAGCUCAACUUGAGAGGACAGCUCAACUUCAGAGGACAGCUCAAGUUGAGAGGACAGCUCAACUUCAGAGGACAGCACUACUUGAGAGGACAGCUCAACUUGCGAGGACUGCUCAACUGGAGAGGACAGCUCAACUUGAGAGGACAGCUCAACUUGAGAGGACAGCUCAACUUGAGAGGACAGCACAACUUGAGAGGACAGCACAACUUGAGAGGACAGCUCAACUUGAGCGGACAGCUCAACUUGAGCGGACAGCUCAACUUGAGAGGACAGCUCAACUUGAGAGGACAGCUCAACUUGAGAGGACAGCUCAACUUGAGAGGACAGCUCAACUUGAGAGGACAGCACUACUUGAGAGGACAGCUCAACUUGCGAGGACAGCACAGCUUGCGAGGACAGCACAGCUUGCGAGGACAGCACAGGUUGCGAGGACAGCACAGCUUGCGAGGACAGCACAGCUUGCGAGGUCAUCACAGCUUGCGAGGACAGUACAGCUUGCGCAGACAGCACAGCUUGGAAGGACAGCAGAGCUUGCGAGGACAGCUCAACUUGAGAGGACUGCUCAACUGGAGAGGACAGCUCAACUUGAGAGGACAGCUCAACUUGAGAGGACAGCACAACUUGAGAGGACAGCACAACUUGAGAGGACAGCUCAACUUGAGAGGACAGCUCAACUUGAGACGACAGCACAACUUGAGAGGACAGCUCAACUUGACAGGACAGCUCAUCUAGAGAGGACAGCUCAUCUAGAAAGGGCAGCUCAAGUUGAGAGGACAGCUCUACUUCAAGGACAGCUCAACUUGAGAGGACAGCUCAACUUGAGAGGACAGCUCAAAUUGAGAGGAAAGCUCAAUUUGAGAGGACAGCUCAACUUCAGAGGACAGCUCAAGUUGACAGGACAGCUCAACUAG